AAAAUAAAAUAUAUAGAUACAAUACACACAUAGCAUAACACAUUUUCGAGUCUCGUCUUCAUCAUCGCACACACCUAGGGUUUCUUUUAGGGUUUUCAGAGCUCAUAUAUCAGCUACAUACACACACAGCUAUACACACAUAUCUGUAUCUAUACUUCAACUUGCACAUCAAUUGAGCUGUACUAGUGUUUAAACCUCUGUUUCUUUACUCCAAUUGACUCGAAAAGCUUCGAUUUUUUCGAUUGGAUAGGUAGGGUUUAUGGAUUGAAUUUGUUGAUCUUGCGAUGAAGGUGCGGUUAGGGAAAGGCUGAAUUAAGUUGGAUUUGAAGGAUUUGGAGCGGGGAGUGAAAUCGAGUUGGGUUGAAUGGCAUUGGGAGAUUUGAUGGCUUCUCGAUUCUCGCAGUCGGUGACUCUGGUGUCGAAUCAUUUGGAUCAGUGUAGUGUUAGUGUUAGUGAGGAGGUGGAGGAGCGGAAUGGUGGGGAUUUGGAGGUGGUUGGGGGAGGGUUUGGGGAUAGGAGUGUGGUUACGGUGACGAGUAUGGCGUAUUUGCCGCAAACAAGUGUGUUGUGUGAGAUGAGACAUGAGGCGUUUGAAGUUGGUGUGCCUGCGGGGCCGUCGAAUACGGGGUUGGUGUCGAAGUGGCGGCCAAAAGAUAGAAUGAAGACGGGAUGCGUGGCUCUUGUUCUAUGUUUAAAUAUCACCGUUGAUCCUCCUGAUGUAAUAAAGAUAUCACCUUGUGCCAGAAUGGAGUGCUGGAUAGAUCCAUUUUCUAUGGCACCUCAGAAGGCACUUGAAACAAUCGGCAGAACUUUGAGUUAUCAGUAUGAAAGGUGGCAAGCAAAGGCAAGAUACAAGAUUCAGUUAGAUCCUACUGUUGAAGAAAUAAAGAAACUCUGUAAUACAUGUCGUAAAUAUGCGAAGUCAGAGAGGGUAUUGUUUCACUACAACGGACAUGGUGUCCCAAAGCCAACUGCCAAUGGCGAAAUUUGGUUAUUCAAUAAGAGUUAUACCCAAUACAUUCCAUUACCCAUCAGUGAACUCGACUCCUGGUUAAAGACACCUUCAAUUUACGUUUUUGACUGCUCUGCUGCUGGAAUGAUUGUAAAUGCCUUCAUAGAGCUCCAAGAUUGGACACCUACCAGCCCUUCUGCUGGAACUCCUGCUAGGGAUUGUAUCUUAUUGGCAGCUUGUGAAGCCCACGAGACACUUCCUCAGAGUGUUGAGUUCCCUGCUGAUAUAUUUACGUCCUGCCUUACCACUCCUAUCAAGAUGGCACUGAGAUGGUUCUGCACCCGCUCGUUGCUUCACGAGUCUCUUGAUUAUUCACUGAUUGAUAGAAUCCCUGGUAGGCAAACAGAUAGGAAAACACUGCUGGGGGAGCUGAAUUGGAUUUUUACAGCAGUGACGGAUACAAUUGCGUGGAAUGUCUUACCACAUGAUCUAUUUCAGAGACUGUUCCGACAAGAUCUGUUGGUUGCCAGUCUGUUUCGAAAUUUCUUACUUGCAGAGAGGAUUAUGCGUUCUGCAAAUUGCUCUCCGAUUUCAUAUCCGGCAUUGCCUGCCACACAUCAACAUCAUAUGUGGGAUGCUUGGGAUAUGGCUGCAGAAAUCUGUCUUUCUCAGCUUCCAGGAUUAGUUGAGGAUCCAAAUGCUGAAUUCCAGCCAAGUCCCUUCUUCACAGAACAGUUGACUGCUUUCGAGGUUUGGCUUGAUCAUGGAUCCGAACAUAAGAAGCCACCUGAACAGUUGCCUAUUGUUCUCCAGGUUUUGCUUAGUCAGUGCCAUCGUGUCCAUGCACUGGUGCUUUUAGGAAGAUUUCUCGAUAUGGGGCCAUGGGCAGUUGAUCUGGCAUUGUCAGUUGGGAUAUUUCCGUAUGUCCUAAAGCUUUUGCAAACAACUACUCCAGAACUUAGACAAAUUCUUGUGUUUAUUUGGACAAAGAUCCUUGCACUUGAUAAGUCUUGUCAGGUUGAUUUGGUCAAGGAUGGUGGGCAUACAUAUUUUAUUAGGUUUCUUGAUUGUUUGGAAGCUUUUCCAGAACAGCGUGCAAUGGCAGCAUUUGUUUUAGCAGUCAUUGUUGAUGGACAUAGGCGGGGCCAGGAAGCCUGCACUGAAGCUGGUCUGAUACAUGUCUGCUUAAAUCAUCUUCAGGGUCCCACCUCAAAUGAUGCACCAGCAGACCCACUAUAUCUGCAGUGGUUGUGUAUCUGUCUGGGAAAGCUGUGGGAAGAUUUUACUGAGGCACAAGUUAUUGGAUUGCAAGCAGACGCCCCCGCUAUAUUUGCAAAUCUACUUUCUGAGCCCCAACCUGAGGUCAGAGCUGCAUCUAUAUUUGCUUUGGGUACGCUGCUUAAUGUUGGAUUUGAUUCAGCUAGAGAUGAAGAGGGCGAUGAGGAUGAUGAUGAAAAAGUAAAGGCUGAAAUUAGCAUUGUAAAGAGCCUUUUAAAUGUUGUUUCAGAUGGAAGUCCAUUAGUCAGGACAGAGAUUGCUGUAGCUUUGGCACGGUUUGCAUUCGGCCACAAAAAGCACUUGAAAUCAGUUGCUGCAGCAAUGUGGAAGCCUCAGUCUAAUUCUGUGUUGAGCUCCUUGCCAUCUUUUGCUAUCAAGGGUACAGUUAGCGGCCAUACUACUCCUAAUCAGUAUUCACAUAUUGGCCCUGUUAUGAGAGUUGGUGGUGACAGCCAAUCAGCGAGUCGUGACGGAAGGGCCUCUACCAGUAGCCCCCUUGCAUCUUCUGGAAUAAUGAGUGGAUCCCCAGUUUCUGAUGAUUCUUCUCUACAUUCAGAUUCUGGGAUAAUGAAUAACUGUAAUGGUGUCGGGAACCAUAUGAGAUCAAAGCACUUGGAUAAUGCCUUGUAUUCACAAUGUGUGUCUGCAAUGUGUACACUUGCUAAGGAUCCGUCACCACGCAUUGCAGGGCUUGGCAGGCGAGUACUAUCAAUUAUUGGUAUAGAACAAGUUGUGGCUAAAUCCGUAAAAUCAGCUGCUAGCAGUUCAAGACCAAGUGAAUCAAUAACUUCCCCUAUCAAUAGUCUUGCCGGAUUAGCUCGUUCAUCGUCUUGGUUUGAUAUGAAUGCAGGACAUUUGCCCCUGACUUUUAGUACUCCUCCAGUUAGUCCUCCAAGGCCAAGUUACUUGACAACAGGCAUGCGAAGAGUUUAUUCCUUGGAAUUCAGGCCACACCUAAUGUCUUCCCCAGACUCGGGGUUAGCUGAUCCACUUUUAGGUUCUGGUGGAGCACCUGGGGCUUCUGAUCGAAGCUUCCUUCCUCAAUCUACUAUCUAUAACUGGAGCUGUAUUCACUUUUCAAAGCCACUUCUUAGUGCAGCAGAGGAUAGUGAAGAAAUGACUGCUAAAAGAGAUGAGAGGGAGAAGCAUGCCCUUGACCAUAUUUCAAAAUGCCAGCACACUUCUGUAAACAAGCUAAACAAUCCUAUAGCUACUUGGGAUACAAAAGUUGAGUCCGGUAUCAAGACAGCUCUGCUUCAACCGUUCUCCCCAAUUGUUGUUGCUGCAGAUGAUAGUGAGAGAAUCAGGGUAUGGAAUUACGAAGAUGCUACUAUACUAAAUUCUUUCAGUAAUCAUGAGUUUCCAGACAAAGGUAUCUCAAAGCUAUGCCUGAUAAACGAGCUUGACAAUAGCUUGCUUCUCGCUGCUUCAAGUGAUGGAAGUAUCCGAAUAUGGAAAGAUUACUCUGUGAGAAGCAAACAGAAACUUGUAACUGCUUUUUCUUCUAUCCCAGGUCAUAAACCUAGUGUCCGAUGUGUAAAUGCCGUUGUGGAUUGGCAGCAACAAUCAGGAUACAUGUAUGCUUCUGGUGAAGUAUCUUCCUCCAUGGUGUGGGAUUUGGACAAGGAGCAGCUUGUUAAUACUAUCCCUUUGGAUGCAGAAUGCAGUGUCUCAGCAUUGUGUGCUUCUCAAAUUCAUAGCGGCCAAUUUGCUGCUGGUUUUGUGGAUGGUUCUGUUAGAAUCUUUGACAUUCGAACACCUGAAAUGCUUGUUUGUUCGACUCAAUUACACACCCAGAGAGUUGUGGAGAUUGGUUUUCAACCUGGACUUGAUCCGGCUAAGAUUGUGAGUGCUUCUCAGGCCGGUGAUAUUCAGUUCCUCGAUGUCAGACGCCACAAUGAUACCUACUUAACAAUUGAUGCUCACAGGGGCUCACUUACAUCUCUAGCUGUUCACAGACAUGCACCCUUAAUUGCUAGUGGUUCAGCCAGACAACUAAUUAAAGUGUUUAACAUGGAGGGUGAACAGCUGGGCACAAUUCGAUACUCCCCAACCUUCAUGGCUCAGAAGAUAGGAUCAGUAAACUGCCUCACCUUCCAUCCUUAUCAGUUACUGCUUGCUGCAGGUGCUGCAGACAGAUGCUUGUGUUUCAAUUUAUGCUGAUGAGAUCUUGCUGUAUAGACGUCUAUCUGUGGAAUGACACCGGGACUUGAAAGAUCAUAUACAAAGCAUUGGACACCAGUGCAUUGUAUAUAUCGAACAAAUAGUUGGUAGCACUUGCUUUCCCAGUCAAGGCCACAGAUGUGAAGUUGCAAGGUUCAGAAGCUGGGAUCUGUACUCUACAUAUUUUGUUAAGCCUCCGGUGUAAAGGGUCCACAAGGUCGACAAUGUUCAUUCUGGAGGCUUCAACUAAUAAUAGAAUGUGGGUGUAAAUAUUCUCUGUUCAUGUUCAAAGUUAUUUCUGUGUUCUGUGUGUAAUCUUUGAUUUUCUUCUCUACCCAGUGUUCAAUUUGUAUAGAGUCAGCAAAUAUUUAAUUAUAUAAUUAUACAAAGUUAUAUAAAGGCAUGUUCUUUGUCGACCUA